UCCGUUCGUCUUCUCUGUGAAAAUUUGUCUGCAGCCUGCAAAAUUUUAUGUGUAAAAAGUUUUAAUUACUGCAGAAAAACUGAAGAAAUAUUGUUAAUAUUGUUGCAAGGAGCUUAUUUAUAAUAAGGACAAUGUCCAAAGAAGAAGGAAAAACUGAAGUGAUGGAAGCUAAUGAUAAUUCGAAUGAAACCACUUCGGAGGCCACCACUUCGUCUGCUGAAAAGGAAGUGGAUUUCGACAACAAAAUUGAAACUGAUCGUGGGAAACGUUUCGAUUUUUUGCUUAAGCAAACUGAAAUUUUUACACAUUUCAUGACAAACAGCUCGAAAAGCCCCACAAAGCCUAAAGGUCGACCGAAAAAGAACAAAGAUAAGGAAAAGGAGAAAGAUGGCAAUGCAGACCAUCGCCACCGUAAAACAGAGCAGGAAGAAGACGAGGAACUAUUGGCUGAGGACACACAGUCGAAAGAGCUUUUCCGCUUUGAGAGCUCACCUAGCUACAUUAAAAACGGCGAAAUGCGUGACUAUCAAGUGCGAGGUUUGAACUGGAUGAUAUCUCUGUACGAAAACGGCAUUAAUGGAAUAUUGGCUGAUGAGAUGGGUUUGGGCAAGACUUUACAAACGAUUUCGUUGCUUGGCUAUCUCAAGCAUUUUAAAAAUCAGGCUGGACCACAUAUUGUUGUUGUACCCAAAUCCACAUUACAAAACUGGGUUAACGAAUUCAAAAAAUGGUGUCCUUCACUGCGCGCUGUCUGCUUGAUUGGAGAUCAAGAUGCGCGUAAUACAUUCAUACGCGAUAUUUUAUUGCCAGGCGAAUGGGAUGUUUGCGUCACAUCGUACGAAAUGUGCAUACGCGAAAAGUCAGUUUUUAAGAAAUUUAAUUGGCGCUAUAUGGUGAUAGAUGAAGCGCAUCGUAUCAAAAAUGAGAAGUCCAAGCUCUCAGAAAUUUUACGCGAGUUUAAGACAGCUAAUCGUCUACUAAUCACUGGUACACCAUUGCAGAAUAAUUUGCAUGAAUUGUGGGCUUUGCUUAAUUUCUUGUUGCCGGACGUUUUUAACUCAUCGGAAGAUUUCGAUGAAUGGUUCAAUACGAACACCUGUCUGGGUGAUGAUGCACUUAUAACACGUUUACAUGCAGUAUUGAAACCAUUUCUGUUACGUCGCCUCAAAGCGGAGGUGGAACGUCGUCUUAAGCCUAAGAAGGAAAUUAAAAUAUUUGUUGGUCUUUCGAAAAUGCAACGCGAAUGGUACACAAAAGUUCUAAUGAAAGAUAUUGAUGUUGUGAAUGGUGCGGGUAAACUGGAGAAAAUGCGUCUACAAAAUAUUUUAAUGCAACUCCGUAAAUGCACCAAUCAUCCGUAUCUGUUCGAUGGUGCCGAACCAGGUCCUCCAUAUACUACCGACACACAUUUAGUGUAUAACUCGGGCAAAAUGGUCAUAUUGGAUAAAUUACUGCCCAAGCUGCAAGCACAGGGUUCACGUGUACUUAUAUUUUCACAAAUGACACGCAUGUUGGAUAUACUCGAAGAUUAUUGCCUAUGGCGCAACUACCAGUAUUGUCGCUUGGACGGUCAAACACCACACGAAGAUCGUAACCGACAGAUUCAGGAAUACAACGCGGACAACAGUUCGAAAUUUAUUUUCAUGCUUUCCACACGUGCUGGUGGUUUGGGUAUUAAUUUAGCCACUGCGGAUGUCGUUAUCAUUUAUGACUCCGAUUGGAAUCCACAAAUGGACUUGCAGGCAAUGGAUCGCGCUCAUCGUAUCGGCCAGAAGAAGCAAGUCCGAGUUUUCCGUUUCAUCACCGAAAAUACGGUGGAAGAAAAGAUUGUGGAGCGCGCUGAAGUAAAAUUACGUCUGGACAAAAUGGUCAUACAACAAGGGCGCCUGGUCGAUAAUCGAUCUGCACAAUUGAAUAAAGAUGAAAUGUUAAAUAUCAUCCGAUUUGGGGCUAAUCAUGUGUUCGCCUCGAAGGACUCUGAACUCACUGAUGAAGACAUCGAUACUAUUUUGGAACGAGGUGAAGCAAAGACCGCUGAAGACAAGGCUAAGUUGGACCAAUUAGGUGAAAGCUCUUUGCGCACAUUUACCGUUGACACUGUGGGCGGCGAGGGAGGUUCGACGUCUGUGUAUCAGUUUGAGGGUGAAGAUUACCGUGAAAAACAGAAACUAAAUGCGCUAGGUAAUUGGAUCGAGCCACCUAAGCGUGAACGCAAAGCCAACUAUGCGGUCGAUGCAUAUUUCCGUGAGGCGUUGCGGGUCUCUGAACCCAAAGCACCUAAAGCGCCGCGUCCACCUAAACAACCUAUUGUACAAGAUUUCCAGUUCUUUCCGCCACGUCUCUUUGAGUUGCUCGAUCAGGAGAUAUACUAUUUCCGCAAAACAGUGGGCUAUAAAGUGCCGAAGAAUCCAGAACUAGGCUCGGAGGCAACUAAAAUGCAACGCGAGGAACAACGUAAGAUUGACGAAGCCGAACCACUGUCAGAAGAGGAGGUUGCUGAGAAAGAGUCGCUGCUGACACAGGGAUUCACUACAUGGACCAAACGUGAUUUCAAUCAAUUUAUCAAAGCCAACGAGAAAUAUGGACGUGACGAUAUUGAAAACAUUGCGAAAGAUGUAGAGGGCAAAACUCCUGAAGAGGUAAUAGAAUAUAAUGCAGUGUUUUGGGAGCGCUGUCAUGAACUGCAGGACAUCGAAAGAAUUAUGGGUCAAAUCGAACGCGGCGAAGCAAAGAUACAACGAAGACUGUCUAUCAAAAAGGCGCUAGAUCAGAAAAUGUCCCGUUAUCGCGCACCAUUCCACCAGUUACGUUUGCAAUAUGGAAACAAUAAGGGCAAAAAUUAUGUAGAACGUGAGGACCGCUUCCUUGUUUGUAUGCUACACAAGUUAGGCUUCGACAAGGAGAAUGUAUACGAGGAGUUACGGGAUGCUAUACGUUCGUCGCCAGAAUUUCGUUUCGAUUGGUUUAUUAAAUCUCGUACGGCACUGGAAUUACAACGUCGUUGCAACACACUUAUAACACUAAUCGAGCGCGAGAAUCUUGAACUCGAAGAAAAGGAACGGCAAGAGAAAAAGAAGAAAGCCGCUAAGAACUCAACCGGCGCGAGUUCAACAAGUGCACCACCGGCAAAGGCGAACCAGAAGCGCAAAUCCGAGACAGUUCCCGUUGAAAAGAAUUCAAAAAAGAAGAAAAAGUAAAUUUUAUGUGUAAGAAAUCCCACAUCAACUUAAGUAAACAAAAAAACUAACAGUUGUAACAGUCAUAAAUAACUUUGAUGUAAUCCACAAACUUGAUAAAAACUGUAAACCAACUCUA